AGAUGUCACUUCAACUAACAAUCCUAUAUGUAUCAGAAACAUACGUAAUAGUUUUAUAUUUAAAGAAGUGAAUGCUUUAAUUUAGAAAAAAAUAAUAAUUAAAAACUAAACGCACGGUUGUUAGAGUAGUUAUUAAAAUAUUAUUAUUUACAUCUUGGAAAACAAGUAAUUAGUUACAUAAUUUAAAAUAUGUAACAAACUUCACGAGUAAUAAUUAAAACGAGUCCUCAUCUCGAAGUUGUAACCAGUACGCAUUAGUUUUAUUUUUAGGCCUGUUGUCCCGUUCAGGCUGUUGUGUUUGAUUUUAUAUAUCUGAGCAAAAUUAGGGUUAUUCAAAAUGUCUGAACGUAAAGUUCUCAAUAAAUACUACCCACCAGAUUUCGAUCCCUCUAAAAUUCCAAGACUAAGACUUCCAAAGGAUAGGCAAUAUACUGUUCGGUUGAUGGCACCAUGCAAUAUGAGGUGUACGACAUGUGGUGAGUAUAUUUACAAGGGAAAAAAGUUUAAUGCACGAAAAGAAACUGUUGAAAAUGAAGAAUAUUUGGGAAUAAAAAUUUUUAGAUUUUACAUCAAGUGUCCUCGAUGUCUUGCUGAAAUAACAUUCAAGACAGACCCUGCUAAUACAGACUACAUAGUUGAACAUGGAGCUACACGGAAUUUUCAAGCUUUGAAAUUGGCUGAAGAGCAGGCAGAAAGAGAGGCUAGAGAAGAGGAGGAAGAUGUGAAGAAUAAUCCAAUGAAGUUGCUUGAAAAAAGAACAAAAGCAUCAAAGCAAGAAAUGGAAGUGAUUGAGGCUCUGGAAGAACUAAAGGACUUAAAUAAAAGACAAGCUAAUGUAAAUUUUGAAAAGCUACUUAUGCAGAAUGCCUUACAAGAAGAAGAGAUUUUGCAAAAACAAGAGGAUGAAGAUGAAGAGUUCAUUAGAUCUGUCUUUGGUAAGGAAGGUAACAAAACCAUAAAAAGGCUCCCAGAUCCAGAUAGUGGCGAGGAGGAGGAAGAAGCAAAGAUGAAAGAGACAUUAUCCAGUGAAAAGCCAACAGAUAUAUUCAUGCAGGACAAAAAAAAUGUUGAACCACCUGAAAAAAAGCAGAAAAUUUGGGAAAGAAGUGUUGGGUCUUUAUCGUCAGGAAAAAGUGGAUUGCAAGGUCUUGUUAAAUUAAAAAGUGCUAAGGAAUAUAAAAGCAUUUUGGAAAAGCCAGUUAUUAACAUGAAGGAAAAUAACACUUCAGCUGUAGAGACCAAUGGUUUACCAUUAGUAAAGUCCAAUCCUACUAAACCAACAACUUCAUCAUCAAGAAAGGAAGUAACUCUAGGUGGGCUUACUCUGCUAGGUGCUUACAUAGACAGUGAUGCUAGCUCUGAUGGAAGUAACUAAAAAUUCUCAAGAAAUGAUGAUGUCAGCAUGGAUGGAUUAAGUUCAGCAUUAAAAUAUUAUAAUACCUGGACCAGCUGAAGCCAUUUGAAGGUCUUUAAGCAUAUUAUUAUUAUAGAUAUAAAUAGUUCCUCAACCACUAGUAUGUCAGUCGUAUCCUGGCCGAUCUAAUGAGCCCCGGUAUUGGGUAGAUGCGUUCCUCGACAGUGGAUAUGGCAGAUAUAAUGUGGUUGAUAUAUUAUUACGUAUUCUUCUUUGUUUUCACUCAUAAGUUCUUGGAUACAUGCACUGUAAUUUUCAUGUCAUGUUAAUCAGAUGGGUGAUGCAUCCAGCUAAGGUCACUGAUGGGUAAAUGGUCAUUGACCUCUGUAUUUAGUAUCAGCUGUGUUUUACUGCAAAUGAUCUGAAUGUCUGAAACAGUUUUACCUUAUGUGCAAGAUGCAAGUUCAUUGGAAUCAAUGUCCAUUUGGAGAAUUAACAGUUACUGUAACUCUGAAUUUACUAAAUUUAUCUUUGUGAAAUUUGGCAGACUUUUAGGAAAUGUGAAAAGUUUGUUGUAAAUAUUAAAAAAAAAACUUAGUUUUUAAUAAAGUAUAUACAGUAAA